AUGGAGACCUUCCUCGCUUGUUCUUCCUCCGCCGCCAACGCCGCCCUAUUCGCGUUGAGUUUCUUCUCCCUCUCCGCCCUGGCGCUUGUUUCGACCUGGCACCGGAGCUCGUCUGCCGCCCAUUGUGCGUUGGACACACCCAGCGGCCGCUCCUUCUUCGGCCGCGACUUCCUCGGCUUCGGCGGCAUGGUGGUGGACGAGAAAGAGGCGAAGGAGAAUGGAGAGGCGGAGGGAGAAUGGAGGAAGAAGAAAACACCAAGGACCUCCUCUGCAGACCAGCUGGACGAGGGAGAGGCUGUGGCGGCGGUGCGACACGACGGCAGCGACAACGGCUCGCUGGACCUCACGGUGAGAAAGACAAGGAGAGGAAGAGAUCGGCCGGCUGGGCAUGAACGGGCGGUGGCGCGGGCCUGGACAUGGACGGUGGCAGCGGUCGUUGGGAAUGGAUGUUCUUGCUGGGUGUUCGCUGCUGUUGCUGCUGUGGAAGCAGCGCACGCAAUCCAGAACGGCUGGAAGUUAUCGCUCUCGGAGCAGCAUCUGGUGGAUUGUGACAUCUACGACGAUGCGUGCAUAGGCGGAUCCGUGGAAUGGACACUACGGUGGAUCAUACAGAACGACGGAAUAAUGGGGGAUGCGGACUACCCCUACACUGCGGUUAGAGGUGCUUGCGAUUCUGACAAGCUGCAGCACCACGCCGCCACGAUCACAGGUUACCGCUGGGUUGAGAGCUACAGCGAGCAGGCUCUUAUGCUAGCUGUAGCAUCUCAACCGGUGAUCGUAGCGAUCAAUGCGAGGGCAGAUGAGUUCAAGCACUACCGUGGUGGCAUUUACGAUAGACCAUGUGGCACUAAUGUAAGCCACGCGGUGGUGGUGGUUGGCUACGGGGACGACGAGGUGCACGGGCUAUACUGGAUGAUCAGGAAUUCGUGGGGAGGUGGUUGGGGAGAGGGCGGCUACAUGUUUCUCAGGAGAGGUGUGCCGCCCGCAUGGAUGUGUGGUUUGACGAUUCAGGCAAUCUACCCUGUGAUGUGA